AUGUCUACUAUUUCUAUUCAUAUCAAAUCCGGACAAAACAAUUGGCAAGUUUCUAUUGAUACCACAGCUUCCAUCGCCACCUUGAAAGACGAAAUUGCAAAAGUAUCUGAAAUCCCUGCGACCAAUCAAAGAUUAAUUUAUUCUGGGAAAAUAUUAAAAGAUGAUCAAAACGUAGAUUUCUAUAACAUUCAAGACGGUCAUUCCGUUCAUCUAGUAAGAUCAGGCAAAAAAUCUACCCCUACUCCUGCAACUACUAAUACUACUACAAACGCAUCAAAUAAUACAGUCCCAUCUAAUAUAUCAGCAGGACAAACUGGUGGAUUUAACCCAUUAGCUGACUUGACAAGUGCACGUUACGCAGGUUAUAACUUAAAUUUACCAUCCGCUGAUGCAUUUGGUCCAGAUGGUGGAAUGAAUCAAUCUGGUACAAACCCAGAUGAAUUCUUAUCCAUGUUAGAUAACCCAAUAGUUCAAUCUCAAAUGAAUGAAAUGCUCUCAAACCCACAAAUGAUCGAUUUCAUGAUUCAAUCAAAUCCUCAAUUACAAGCAAUGGGCCCACAAGCAAGACAAAUGUUUCAAAGCCCAAUGUUUAGACAAAUGUUAACUAACCCAGAUAUGAUUAGGCAAAGCAUGCAACUAGCUAACAUGAUGGGUAUGGGGCCAGGGGCAAGGGGAUCUACCAACGCUACUGAUAACGCAGCUUCUUCAUUCCCAGCUCCUGGUGGAGACGAUAUUAUUAAUAAUAAUAAUACUAAUACUAAUACUAAUACUAAUACUAAUAAUGAUACUAAUGAUACCGCUACUUCCAAUAAUGAUAAUGCUAACAAUAAUGCUUCAAGCGCAAACACGCAAAACCCAUUUGCAUCUUUAUUCAACCCAACAGCUAAUAAUGACAGCACCGGUUUAGCACCAAACCCUUUCCUAGCAAUGUUAAACAAUGCAGGUGCAGGUUCAGGUACAAAUAAUGCAGGUGCAACUGGAACUUUGCCACCUUUCGACCCAUCAAUGUUCGCGUCUUUAUUCGGUGGUGCUGGUGCUCCAAGUACUACCCCGCAACAACAAGAUACAAGACCUCCAGAGGAACGUUAUGAAACUCAAUUGAGACAACUUAAUGAUAUGGGAUUUUUCGAUUUCGAUAGAAAUAUAGCUGCUUUAAGAAGAACUGGAGGCUCCGUGGAGGCUGCUGUUAAUGCCUUGUUGAAUGGUGAUGUGUAA